AUGGCACCCGAGGAAAGGGAACAGCAACACCAUCAACAACAUGCAGAACAAAAACAGCAAAACCAACAAAAAAAAGAAGAAGAACCCCUAAACUCCCUUCAGGUAGUUGGUGGGCUGACCAACUUCCUACGGAUCACCGCGCCAGACACGGACAUAUCCACAUGGGAGACACGGCUGGAGGUGGUUGAGAGCGAUCGCGUCGUCAUCGACUCACACGUCUGUGAAUACGUGGAUCCGACGGCUCAUGGAACAGAGCCAACAGGGGAGGAAACGGACGAGGACGACGAGGUCGUGGAGCUACAGCAGCUAGAGAAGGAGCUCUUGGAGGCACAAAUCGGGGUGGAAGAGGUCGAGACGGAAGAACCAUGCUGCAAGGUCCGCGUUAUGGCGGAGAGCUUGGCCCUUACUUUGCUCGGCCGGUUACGGUGA